AUGUUUGACCAAUUGAAGGGAGCCACUGUGUUCACCAAGAUAGAUUUGAGAUCCGGUUACUAUCAGUUGCGGGUUAAAGAAUCAGAUGUUCCGAAGACUACUUUCCGGACUAAGUAUGGUCACUAUGAGUUUCUUGUGAUGCCAUUUGGCUUGGCUAAUGCUCUUGCUAUUUUCAUGGACUUAAUGAACCAAAUUUUCAGACCUUACUUGGAUAAAUUUGUAGUUGUGUUCAUUGAUGAUAUUCUGAUUUAUUCUCAUGAUAAGACUGAACAUGCCGAACAUUUGAGAACAGUUUUACAGAUUUUGAGGGGCAAUCAGUUGUAUGCCAAGUUUAGCAAAAGUGAGUUCUGGCUUCAAGAAGUCAGAUUCCUUGGGCACAUUGUCUCAGGUGAUGAUGACGGUUUCAUUUUAGCUGAUUUGAGGGCUAAACCGAUAUUUCUUGAAGAAAUCUAUGAAGCUCAGAAAAAUGACAAGUAUGUGUACCAAAGAAUGAUGAGCUUAUUCGGAAGAUCUUACAAGAAGCACAUAACAGUUCUUUGUCUAUUCAUCGAGGUAAAUGCCGAACAUCAGAUUCAACAAGCUAUGAGGAGAAUGGUGAAUGUUAAUGAGAUAGGAUUAACUGUUGACUUUUCCUUAAAGUUGUUUUUGUAUUGUUUCUUGGAGCAAUUCUUUCACUUGCCAACUUCACCAAUUCAGGUUCUUUUAUUGAAGGGAAAUGGAAACAAGCUCAGUUUUCAAGUUGUUGGUUUUAUUCUUUGCAGCAUUAUGUGGAAGGAUCUUAUAAAUAAGGCUAAAGAUGAAGGCUUGGAUGCCGUAGACACUUACGCCUUUUGGAAUGACGUGAACCUUUUCUUGGCAAUCUUGACGGCUGUUGGACUUAAUAUGGGAGUCCCAUGGGUAAUGUGCAAGGAAGAUGAUGCCCCAGAUCCUGUUAUAAAUGCAUGGAACGGCUUUUACUGUGAUGCAUUCUCUUACAACAAACCUUACCCGCCUUCAAUAUGGGUUGAGGCCUGGAGUGUUUGGUUUACUGAAUUUGGUGGCACAAUUCACCGCUGCCCUGUUUAACACUUGGCUUUUGCCGUUACUCAUUUCGUACAAAAGGGUGGCUCAUGUAUCAACUAUUAUUUGUACCAUGGAGGAACCAACUAUGGCGGACCAUUUAUUACAACCAGUUAUGACUAUGAUGCUCCAAUUGAUGAAUAUGGUUUAAUCCGGGGACCUAAACACGGUCUUCUGAAGGAGCUCUGUAGAGCUAUUAAGCUAUGUGAACAUGCUUUAGUUCCUUCAGAUCCUACUAUUACUUCCUUGGGAACCUAUCAGCAAGUAGGCUUUUUAUUCAGUCGUUCUGCCAACGAUGUUAAUGUAGUAGUAAAUGUAAUUAGAUAUGUUCGGAUCUCAAUACAAUAUCUAAGAGUUAGUAAUGAUUGUUUUCCAGGCCCAUCUAUUCUCUCCAAAGCAAGGAAACUUUGCAACUUUUCAUGGGAGACUUACAAUGAAGACAUUUCUUCUCUAGGGGAAAGCUCAAGAAUCACAGUUCCUGGACUCUUGGAGCAUCUGAAUGUUACCAGCUACCUGUGGUACACAACGGCACUUCAUUUUGAAGCACCGAGUGUUGACAUCAGUCUGUUGGAAUCAUUUCUACGAGGAGGACGAAAAUCAACUCUCGAUGUCAAUUCAGUUGGCCAUGCUCUUCAUGUCUUCAUCAACGGACAGUAAUAUGAAUGAAACAUAUUGAGAGC